AUUGUGCAGCUAUUGCGUAACAAAUGUACGAAUAUCCCUGACUGAAUUGCCCCAGUAAAAGUCCGUCUGAACAGGCUGAGACAUCUGGGUCACACAAAACUACAAAUAGAGUUCAGUGAGGGUUUCCACCAUGUUGGAGGCGUUAGUCUGUCUGGUGGGACAGUGGAUCGAUACCAAGGGGGUACUCCUGUUCCUCUUGGUUCUGUUGGUGACCAAGUACAUCCAUGAUCUGCCGCCUAAGAACUACCCACCAGGCCCCUUCCCCCUGCCUUUUGUUGGGAAUAUGCUGAAUAUCAGCAUCAAGGACCACAUAGGCUCCUUUAAAAAGUUUGUAGAGACCUACGGGGAUGUGACUACACUAGACCUGGGUGGAGGGAACCGCUGUGUGCUCCUCUCAGGUCUCCGAGGCUUUAAGGAAGCCUUUGUGGAUCAGGCCGAUGCCUUCACCGAUCGGCCAUCUUACCCCCUGAACGACAGGAUAAGCAGAGGCUUGGGCCUGAUCUCCUCUAACGGUCACAUGUGGCGACAGCAGAGGCGCUUUGCCGUGUCCACGCUCAAAUACUUUGGAGUGGGGAAGAAGACUCUGGAGACCUCCAUCCUCCAGGAAGCCCACUUCCUGUGUGAUGUCUACUUGGCAGAGAGAGGCCUGCCCUUUAACCCUGAAGACAUCACCAACAAUGCAGUGGCCAACAUCGUUUGCACCCUGGUGUUUGGUUGUAGGUUUGAAUACAACGACCACCACUUCCAACACAUGCUGAAAUGCUCUGAGGACAUUUUACAGCUGCCUGCUACCUUCUGUGGACGGAUGUAUAAUCAGUUUCCCACAUUGCUGCACUAUUUACCUGGGAGGCACCAAUCAGCCUUUAUCAACCUUGGUACCAUAAAGCAGUUUAUCAAGGAGGAAGUAGAGAAACACAAAGAGGACAGGAACCCGUCCAACCCCAGAGACUACAUAGACUGUUACCUGGAAGAGAUAGAGAAGAAUCAGGAUGGGGCGGCUGGCUUCACUGAGGAGAACCUGCUGCACUGCGUGGUGGAUCUGUUUGGUGCCGGGACAGAAACAACGUCCAACACCCUUCUCUGGGCAAUGCUGUACAUGGCCAAGUACCCCGACAUUCAAAGUGUGACACUGGCAGGAACACAUCUAUUAGUAUUAAAAAAUAAGGUGCAAGCGGAGAUCGAUGAGGUCAUAGGUUCGGCACGCCAGCCCUCAAUGGAUGACCGAGCAGACAUGCCAUAUACCUACGCUGUGAUCCAUGAGAUCCAGAGGUUUGGGAACAUCGUCCCCUUCACGCCUCCCAGAGUGGCCAAUAAGGACACCACCGUGGCGGGCUAUCUAGUGCCCAAGGGAAUGAUGGUGCUUCCAAUGUUAAAACCAAUCCUACAGGACAGAGAUGAGUAUGCAACCCCUAACCAGUUCAAUCCUGGACAUUUCCUGGAUAAAAAUGGAAAAUUUGUCAAAAAAGACAAUUUUAUCCCAUUUUCUAUAGGUAAGAGGAUGUGUCCAGGGGAGCAGCUGGCCAGGAUGGAGCUGUUUCUGUUCUUCACUUUUCUGCUCCAGAGGUUCACCUUCACACCUCCACGGGGCUGGGAGCUGGGCCUGGAGGGCCAGGUGGGCAUCACCAGUGGACCAAAGCCCUUCAAAAUCUGUGCCUUGCCUCGAUGAGACACCUUGGGUGAAUCUCUAUUGUAUUUUGUUGUUUCCUUGUGUUCUGUCUCCUUGCCUCCUUCUCAAAAUACAUUGGAGGAAUGUGCCUUAAGAAGGAGACGAGGAGGGAGGAUGUGAGGAAUCAAGAAAAUACGAUUGAUAUGAAUUUGUGUAGGACUAGGCCCUGCAUGAACUGGUUGAUGAAGAUAAAUAGCAUUGUUUGUCAAGCCUGUCUAAAAUAUUUUGUACUCUAACUGAGGAAAUAUUUGGUAGAGGUGGAGAGAAUUCCAGCAUCCAGCUGGUGCAUCAUGAUGUUUAUAUUGUAAGAGUGGUGUAUUAGAAUUGCAUUCAAAUUCUUUCAAUUUUUUUACUGGAAAUUAUAUUUCUGGAAAUCAUUGUA